AUGGAAACAAAUUCAGGUUUUACAGUGAUAGGAGCAGAAGCUCCAUCAGCUUGUCAUAUGGCACCAAGGACUGAAAAUGCCGACCAGAUCGUUGGUGGAAUAACGGUUGUCAAUGUUCUGCUAGUUAGCGAUGGGUUAACUGGCAGUACAGAGAAGAAGAAAAGAGGUAGGCCUAGGAAAUAUGGACCAGAUGGGACAAUGACAAGGGCAUUGUCACCUAUGUCUAUUUCGUCCUUCAUCCUGCCGGUUUCGGGUGAGUUCUCAAGUGGUGGAAAGCAGGGGAAAGGCCGAGGCAGUGGUUAUCAGAUUAAACAUCAUAAGGGAAUGGAGAUGGAGAACUUAGGUGACUUGGUUGGGACUUCUGUCGGAACAAAUUUUACGCCGCAUAUCAUCACUGUCAAUCCCAGCGAGGAUGUAACAAUGAAGGUGAUGUCGUUUUCUCAACAAGGACUAAGAGCCAUUUGCAUCCUAUCCGCUAACGGAGUAAUUUCUAGUGUUACAGUUCGUCAGCCGGAUGCUUCAGGUGGUACGCUUACGUAUGAGGUUAGGCAAAUUAGAGAUUACCAUAACAUUCCAAAAUAUGUCUAG